AUGAAUGUGCAAGCUUGUUCUAGGUGUGGGUAUGGAGUUUAUCCUGCUGAGAAGAUCAGUUGUCUAGAUCAGAUAUGGCAUAAAGCGUGUUUUCACUGUGAAGUUUGCAAGAUGAUGCUAUCGGUUAAUAACUUUGUGAGUCACCAGAAAAAGCCGUACUGUCACGCCCAUAACCCCAAGAACAACACUUUCACAAGUGUCUAUCAUACUCCAUUAAAUCUAAAUAUGAGGAAGACUCCAGAAGCCAUCCAUGGGGUGGACGACCAGGAUGAUAGUGAACGGUUUAAAUCGGUUUUUCACUGGGACAUGAAAUCCAGGGAUGGGGCAGAUGCAGCUAACAGGCAACCCCUGGUGAAUGAGAGAGGCUACUGGACCGGAUAUGGGGAAGGGAGUGGUUGGUGCCCAGGAGCUCUGCCAGAUCCUGAAAUCGUAAGGAUGGUUGAGGCCCGAAAGUCUCUUGGUGAGGAAUAUGCAGAAGACUAUGAGCAACAGAGGGGCAAGGGGAGUUUCCCAGCCAUGAUCACGCCUGCCUAUCAAAGAGCCAAGAAAGCCAACCAGCUGGCCAGCCAAGUGGAAUACAAGAGAGGGCAUGAUGAACGUAUCUCCACGUUCUCCACGGUGGCGGAUACCCCUGAGUUGCUACGGGCCAAGGCAGGGGGACAGCUUCAAAGCGAUGUGAGAUACACAGAAGACUAUGAACAGCAGAGAGGGAAAGGCAGUUUUCCUGCUAUGAUCACCCCUGCUUAUCAGAUAGCCAAGAGAGCCAAUGAGCUGGCGAGUGAUGUGAGGUACCAUCAACAAUAUCAAAGAGAAAUGAAGGGGGUGGCUAGUCCAGCUGCUGGAGUUGCAGGUGCAUCGUCAAGGGAAUGUAUGGACCAGUAUGGCCAGGGUUAUUUGGAGGAAUAUGAGGAGCACAGAGGAAAAGGCAGCUUCCCCGCCAUGAUCACCCCAGCUUAUCAGAACGCCAAGAAAGCCAACGAACUCGCCAGUGAUAUAAAAUACAGGCAGGACUUCACCAAGAUGAAAGGGCCUGCACAUUAUCACUCCCUCCCAGCUCAAGACAACUUGGUUCUCAAGCGGGCACAGAGCGUGAACAAGCUUGUGAGCGAGGUGGAAUAUAAGAAGGACCUGGAAAGUAGUAAAGGUCACAGUAUCAACUACUGUGAGACGCCUCAAUUCAGGAACGUGAGCAAGAUCUCAAAAUUCACCAGUGAUAAUAAAUAUAAAGAAAACUACCAGAACCACAUGAGAGGCCACUAUGAAGGAGUUGGUAUGGACAGACGGACCCUCCAUGCUAUGAAGGUUGGAAGCCUGGCAAGCAAUGUUGCCUACAAGGCUGAUUAUAAGCACGAUGUUGUGGACUACAACUACCCAGCCACUCUUACUCCUUCCUAUCAAACCACAGUGAGACUGGUUCCCUUGAAAGAUGUCAACUAUAGGCAAAGCAUCGACAAAUUGAAAUACAGCUCUGUGACCAACACCCCUCAAAUUGUCCAAGCCAAAAUCAAUGCCCAGCAACUGAGUCAUGUGAAUUACCGCGCUGACUAUGAGAAAAACAAGUUGAAUUACACACUGCCACAGGACAUACCUCAGCUGGUGAAGGCCAGAACCAAUGCUGAACUAUUCAGUGAGGUUAAGUACAGAGAAGGCUGGGACAAGGCCAAGGGGAAAGGAUUUGAGCUGAAACUGGAUGCUAUGUCUCUGCUGGCCGCCAAAGCCUCCGGAGAGCUUGCGAGCAAUAUUAAAUAUAAGGAAGAGUACGAAAAAUCAAAAGGCAAAGUCAUGGGCACUACGGACUCCAGGCUUCUGCACUCUCUGCAGGUUGCCAAGAUGAGCAGUGAGGUCGAAUACAAGAAAGGCUUUGAAGAGAGUAAGACCCGCUUCCACCUACCCAUGGACAUGGUACACAUCAAGCAUGCUAAGAAGGCCCAAGCUCUGGCCAGUGACCUGGACUACAGGAAAAAACUGCAUGAAUACACUGUGCUGCCUGAGGACAUGAAGACUCAGUGGGCCAAGAAAGCCUACGGGCUCCAGAGCGAGCUGCAGUACAAGGCCGACCUGGCGUGGAUGAAAGGAGUCGGGUGGCUGACGGAGGGGAGCCUCAAUUUGGAGCAGGCCAAGAAAGCGGGACAGCUGAUCAGCGAGAAAAACUACAGGCAGAGGGCGGACGAGCUCAAGUUCACCAGUGUGACCGACAGCUCCCAGAUGGCACACGCCAGGAAGAGCCAGGAGCUGCAGAGCGGAGUGGCCUACAAGGCAGGAAACGAGCAGUCCGUCCAUCAGUACAGCAUCAGCAAAGACGAGCCUCUCUUCUUACAGGCCCGAGCCAACGCUGCCAAUCUCAGUGAGAAACUGUAUAAGAGCAGCUGGGAAAACCAGAAGGCGAAAGGGUUUGAGCUACGUCUUGACUCCUUGGCCUUCCUGGCAGCCAAAGCCAACAGGGACCUGGCCAGCGAGGUGAAGUACAAGGAAGAUUAUGAGAGGUCCAGAGGGAAGCUGAUCGGGGCGAAGGAUGCCCAGGGGGAUUCACAAAUGAGUCACUCGCUGCAAAUGUCCAAGCUGCAGAGCGACCUGGAGUACAAGAAGGGGUUCGAGGACACCAGGUCCCAGUGCCACGUCUCCCUGGACAUGGUCCACCUCGUGCACGCCCGCAAGGCUCAGCAUCUAGCCACAGACAUAGGCUACAAGACAGCAUCUCAUCACUUUACCGCUUUGCCCACAGACAUGAGGGUGGAAUGGGCCAAGAAGGCGUACGGAUUACAGAGCGACAAGAAGUACCGUCAGCCUCCAGAUGCUUUGAAGUUUACCAGUAUUAAAGACACUCCGGAGAUGGUCCAGGCCAGAAUUAGUUAUACCCAAGCCGUGGAUAGGUUAUAUAAGGAACAAGGAGAAAACAUAAAGCACCAUUACACUCAGACAGCCGACCUCCCUGAAGUCCUCCUGGCCAAGCUGAAUGCCAUGAAUAUCAGUGAGACACGUUACAAGGAAUCCUGGAGCAAACUUCGAGACGGCGGAUAUAAAUUGAGACUGGAUGCCAUUCCAUUUCAGGCAGCGAAGGCUUCCGGCGAAAUCAUAAGUGACUACAAAUACAAAGAGGCAUUUGAGAAAAUGAAAGGGCAGAUGCUUGGCUCCCGGAGCUUGGAAGACGAUAUCAGCCUUGCACAUUCAGUGUAUGCGAACUCGCUGCAGAGCGAAGUGAAUUACAAGAAAGGCUUUGAACUCUCCAAGGCACACUUCCAUCUGCCAUUGGACAUGGUGACCCUGGUGCAUGCCAGGAAGGCUCAGAGCCUGGCCAGCGACCAGGACUACAGACACCCGCUCCCCCAGUACACUUCCUUGGCCGAAGACCUGAGGCUCAGCUGUGCCAAGAGAGCUCACAAGUUGCAGAGCGAGAAUUUGUACCGGUCAGACCUGAACUUCAUGCGAGGCGUUCCCUGUGUCAUUCCCGGCACGUUAGAGAUCGAAGGGAGAAAGAAGGCAUCUGAACUCAUCAGUGAGAGUAAAUACCGUCAGCAUCCCCAGUCAUUCAAGUACACAGCUGUGACAGACACCCCCAGCCUCCUUCAUGCAAAACUCAGCAACCAGAUUACCAAUGAGCGCCUCUAUAAAGCAGCCGGGGACGAGGAGAGGCACCGGUACACGAUGACCCUGGGUCUGCCUGAGUUCGCCCGAGCCAAAGCAAACGCGGCCAAUCUGAGUGACGCCAAAUACAAGGAGUCUUGGCGUAAUCUCCGUGCUCAAGGCUACAAGCUGACGAUAGACGCUCUUCCCUUCCAGGCUGCUCGCGUCUCUGGAGAUAUAGCCAGUGAUUUUCUCUACAGACAUGACUUUGUGAAGGAGCGAGGUAGGCUGAUCGGGACCCGGAGCGUGAGCGAGGACCCCCGGCUCCGGCACUGCUGGCGGGUGGGCCAGCUGCAGAGCGAGCUUCAGUACAGGCGGGGGGCGGCGGGCAGCCGAGCCCAGUGUCACCUGCCCAUGGACAUGGUGCACCUGGUCCACGCCAGGAAGGCCCAGGCCCUAGCCAGCGAUCACGACUACAGGACAUGGUGCCAUGAGUUCACGGCGCUGCCUGAGGACCUGAAGAUGUCCUGGGCCAAGAGAGCUCACGCCCUGCAGAGUGAGUUUCGCUACAAGUCAGACCUGAUGGGCAUGAAGGGGACGGGAUGGUUGACGCUGAGUUCCCCACAGCUAGAGUGUGCAAAGAAAGCCGGAGAACUCAUCAGCGAGACUAAAUACCGUAAGAAACCAGACAGUAUCAAGUUCACCACGGUGGUUGACUCUCCAGACCUGGUUCACGCCAAGAACAGCUACCUGCAUUGCAAUGAGCGCCUGUACAGGGCGGGCGACGCAGAGUCCCUGCACAGAUACACCCCGAUCCCCGACCACCCCGAUUUCACCAGAGCCCGCCUCAACGCACAGUGCCUGAGUGACAAAGCCUACAGAAACUCUUGGGAACAGACGCGGGCUGUCGGCUAUGACUUCAGGCUGGACGCCAUUCCAUUCCAGACUGCCCGGGCGUCCAGAGAGAUCGCCAGUGACUUCCGGUAUAAAGAGGCCUUCCUGAGAGACCGGGGCCAGCAGAUUAAAACAGAAAGGCCCAGGACGAACGGCGAUGAGGUGACAACGCCGGGCAAAACUCCAGAGACACCAGUACAGAAGGAUUACAAGAGUCGGUCUCAGUUCCACAGCCGCCCAGACCAGCUCGGCCUCCUCCAGGCCAGGAGGAGCCAGCAGCUGGAAGCUGAAGCGACGUGCUACAGGGUACUUCGCCCCAGCCCACUCAUAAUUCCCGAGCAGCUGGGCCUGAAGCAUGCGCAGAAGGCCCACCAGCUGCAAAGCGAUGUCAAGUACAAAUCAGACUUGAACCUGACCAGAGGUAUCGGCUGGACCCCUCCCGGCUCCUACAAAGUGGAGAUGGCCCGGCGCGCGGCAGAACUGGCCAAGGCGAGGGGCCUGGGUCUCCGGGGGGCUGACGGGGGACCAGAGGCUGUGGAGCCCGCGGAUAAUCAGAGGGGGGACGUGAACCCAGACGCCAUGGAGAUUCUGCACGUCAAAAGGAGGAGGGGUCUGCCCUUGUGA